CAAGAGACGAGUCGGUGGUCGGAUCGUUUUUUUAGCGGCUUGUGUUUUUUCAAUUGGAUUUGGUUUUAAGGCUGAUUUUGCUUACUUCAAAAUGGAUACUUUUGGAACUGGUGCAACUCAAUCUGAAAGGAACGAGUGUGGAGUUUUAAACUCAAACUUAAAUCAUUUUGAUGAUUUUAUGGAGAAAUUUCCUGCAGACCCUGCUUACAUUGGUGCCAUAAUUGGUCGUGGCGGUUGUAAAAUUAAAGAAAUUAGAACAAACUUCAACGUUUAUAUACAUAUAAACAAUGACACCAAGGAAAUUUCUGUCAAGGGUCGUAAUAGAAAAAAUGUUGACGAUGCAGUCAAAUAUAUUCGUGAUAUUAUGUCUGGUCAAGAAAAUAGAAAUUUUUCAUUUCCAAAUCACGAAGUCUCGCACAAUCCCAAAGUUGUAUUAAAAGAAAAUACAAUGAAUCGUUUUAAUGCUUCUUCCGAAAAUGACAAUAUUCAGGUUGCAGCUCCAAAAUCUGGAGAAAGUGGUGGAAUUAGAUUAAAUGCGCCUACGAAAAAUGUAUAUAAUGGUGGCGCCGAAAACCAUGUAGUAUUGCAGCCUAUCGAUUGGGAAACUUUGAAUAGAAAAGUUGAAGAACAUCGUAGGUUACACUGGGCGCAUCUGCCAGACUUGAGAAAAAAUUUUUAUGAAGAAGUAGAGGAAGUCGCUAUUAAGACAGAAGAAGAAGUGAAUGAAAUGCGUUAUUUAAACAAUAAUAUAAGUGUUUCCCGUUUGGUGACAAAUGAAGAUCAAAUGUGUCCUGAUAUACCGAAACCAAUUUGGAAAUUUCAACAUUGUUUCAAAGAUUAUCCUGAUAUCCUUGAUGAGUUAAAGAAACAAAAUUUUAAUGAACCAUCACCAAUACAGAAGCAAGCAUGGCCUAUAUUAUUGAGAGGCGAGGAUAUGAUAGGUAUAGCCCAAACAGGGACUGGAAAAACUUUAGCAUUUCUGCUUCCUGCUUUGAUUCAUACUGAUGGACAGACUACACCACGUGAGAAACGUAAUGGUCCAAAUAUAUUAAUUUUAGCGCCAACGCGAGAAUUAGCAUUACAAAUAGCAAAAGAAGUUAACAAGUACUCGUUCCGUGGAAUAAAAGCGUAAGUUAGGAAAUAGUUAAACCAUAGUUUAAAAUGAA